AUUAAAAAUAUAAAAUAUAUACAUAUAUUAGAAAAAUCAACACUCUCUCAACUCUUUAAUAGUUUAUUGGUUAAAUAUCUAAGGAAAAGAUACACUUAAAAAAAUUUAAAUAUUUCUUUCUAAAAAAUUAAUAAGAUGUCCGCUUUUGAUAUUUAAGAUGACACUCAAGAAAAAAUAAAUAAUAAAUACGAAAAGGUAAAACUUUUAGGUUCUGGAAAUCAAGGUAAAGCCUAUUUAUGCAAGCAUGCCUAAACAAACUAGUAGUUUGUUAUUAAACAAAUCUAAUUAAGCUGCAUGAGCGAUUAAGAAAUUCAAAAACAAUACAAAGAAGUAUCUAUCUUGAAAUCUUUGAGUCAUCCAAACAUCAUAAAAUAUUAAGAUUCCUUCUUAUUUAAGAAGAAUUAUUUAUGCAUAGUCAUGGAUUACGCAGAAGGUGGUGAUCUAGAAUAGAGAAUUAUUUAAGCAUAGAAAGCCAAUACACUUUUCGAUUGCAAAACUAUACUAAAGUGGUUCACUUAGCUAUGUAGUGCAGUCAGAUUCAUUCAUAAUUAAAAAAUCAUUCAUAGAGAUAUUAAGAAUAGUAAUAUUUUUCUUGAUUCAAAUGAUAACAUUCUUUUGGGAGAUUUUGGGAUCUCGAAGAAGCUUCAGAAUCCUAAAGAUAAGGCCUCUACUAUUAUUGGAACACCAUACUUUAUGGCCCCUGAAAUAUGUAAUCAGCAACCUUAUACAAAUAAAGUAGAUAUAUGGGCUAUAGGUAUCGUUCUUUUUAGGCUAGUAUAUUUAAAAUACCCUUUUGAGGGAUUUGAAAUAUUUCAUCUGAUGCUUGCAAUAUCUAGAGGAUAGCUUAAAUUUCCUUAAACUCCUUCCUCACCUUUAAAAAACUUAAUUUAAAAACUCCUGUAAAAUGAUCCUAAUAAAAGGCCAUCUAUCGAACAAGUAUUUGAAUUCGAAGAGAUUAAAUAGUAUCUUGACAAAUCUAGAUAAGAAAAACAGAUUAAUUAAAACUAAACCAGAUUGAACUCGUGCAGAUAAACUCGAUUGACUAAAGACAUAAGCACAGGAAAUUUCGAGCUUUAAUAUAAUCGAGCAUAAUCACCCUCCUUAAAAAAUAUUCAAAAAAGCGAAUAAAAAUUGUUUGAAUUUGCUGUUUAAAACUAGUAGAAUAUCUAAAAAAAUAUUAUACAGAGGCAGAUGAGUAAGCAUUAGGCGAGAGAUAUAUCACCUGGAAUAUAAAAAAAUCAGAAUAUAAGUAAAUUGCCUUCUCUAAAAUCUCCAAGUUCUUGUCCUUAAAAUAAUUCAAACUCUAAACAAAAGAUUUAAUAUAAUGUUGCUUCUUCCCCUAAUAUUAUGGGAAAACAGAAUUUUGUAAAUUUAAAGUACAAUUCUAAUUUAGAAAAUGAAAAAAAUUUUUUAAAUAAUUUAAAUAAUAAUUAUUCGCCUAAAAAAUUGAAUAAAUAAUAUUCUGACUGCAGUACUUCAGAUAGCAGUAAAGAAACACCUAAAGUCUUAUUUAAUAAUCACAAAGCUGAUGAACUUUCACCAGUAAUUUAAAUAUAAAAAGUUAUGAGAAAUAAUUUAUUUGCUAAGGGCUCUGAAGGAUAAGUAAGCUCAAGUUGUAAUAACAACCCUUUUUAAUAGUAAAAUUUCUAGCCAAGACUAAAAUUUAGUGCAAGAAAAUACAACAAUGCUAUCCGUUUAAGUGAACAAGUUGUUACUAAUACCCCACAAUUAAAACCAUAGAUAAUAUAAACUCAAGACAACUCAACUCCAUAGUAUUUAUUUGCUCCUUAAAUUAAUAUCCCUUAGUCAUAGCAACAGUAAUAACAAUAAUAUACUCCAAUAAUUAUAAACUACAAACAGCCUAAAAACGACAUAAAGACAAGACCUUCUCUGAAUCUUAAGUAAUAGUUUUCAGAUAAUUCUGUUUCUGUGAAGGAAAAUAUUCACUAAUAGAACUAGUAUAUUGAAGCAGUAAAAAAGUAAAUGAAUAGACCGAGUAAAGAAUUUUAGGUCAACUAAUUGCAAGGAUAGCAAUAACCAUAAAUAAUACAUUAAAUAUUUAAAUAACCAUAAAAAAAUCAAGAACCUGAGAAUUUUUAGUAAGCUGUGCAAGAUUUUCAUGAUGAUUUUGAGUAAAAUUAAGAAGACCAAAUGAUCUGCUCUUUAAAUACAGUGCUUUCUCAAGAUUUUAUAGAAAAUAAUUAAAAUAUUUAAGAGAAUAAUUCAAUUGAGAAGACUAAUAUGCUAAGAAUCUUCAAAAGAAAUAGUAGUAAUAAUUACAACAGCUAAAACAGUCACCAAUUACAAAACAAUGGAAGUAACAUUUUAAAUCCCAACAACAAUAGCAGUGGAAAUUAUGCAUUUUAAAAUAAUAUGAGUGGAAGUAGUAGUAAUAAUAGCUAGAACUUUUACAACUUUGGUGCUAAUUUGAUAUCAAAUAGCAGUAAUUUAUUUAAUAACCAAAGCAAUAACUAGAUUCCUUAAAGCUUAGACAAUAAAUAAAAUCAAGAUUAGUACUAAGAUAUUUAAGAAAUGUUUAACAAGAACUCUAAUUUAAAAACAUCUUAAAUGCAAUUAGAAGACAUAGAAAAUGAAAAUAAUAAUUAGUAGCUGCUUAAUAACUAUUAAGAUGAUAACCUAGCUAUAUCAUAUAACUAUACAAGAUCAUCUUUGUCUGACAUAAACUCUAUUUUAUAAUCAACUUAAAACAAAGAAGAAAUAGUAGCAAAUCCAGAAGAAAUAAUAGAGUAAUUAAAGCAAUAAUUGAUACUAUUAUUAGGCGAAGAACUAUUUUUCUAAGUAUCUCAUUACGCCACUAGACUCAUUUUACAUUACGAUAUUUCUAAAAUAAUCAAUGAGAAUAUGCUAAAGGAUAACUUCCUUUCAUAAUGCAAAUAAUAUAAUUAGGCGAGUUAGCUUAUGAAUGUUGAUCAAAUAGUAUAUAACCUCUUAAAAAUUGUCAACUAUGAAGAAAACAACAUUUUAAUAGGCUGA